AUGGAGAAUCCUACGGUGGAAACACCCAGCAAGAUGGUGCAACACAAAGGCACAGAAUACCGUGCCAUCAAAGAGGGCCUGGCCCAUAUCCUGAACCCGCCCUCCCAAGAAGCCGCCUCCAAGGGAACAAAGAAAGACCUCAAGGACGAUGACGAGGUGCAGUCGGUCUUCUACAACCCGAUCCAGCAAUUCAAUCGCGAUUUGAGUGUUCUGGCCAUCCGCGCCUACGGAGAGCACCUGGUGGAUCUGAAAAAGCAGAAAGCAGAGCAGAGGCAGAAGUCGCGGCCGGCUGGGAAUGAGACAAAGGGGAAGAAAAGGAAGCGAAGUGAACAAGAGGAAGAGAAUCAGACUUCGAAACCGGUGACCGAGGGAGAGACUAAAGCCGGCGAGCAGCCAGCUCCGGCUCAGAAUGACCCCGAGAUCCAGUCCGAUCCCAAUCGGACCAGCUCGUUUACCAUCCUCGAUGCCCUGUCCGCAACUGGUCUGCGUGCGCUCCGCUAUGCCUCCGAACUGCCAUUCGUGACGACAGUCGUGGCCAAUGACCUGUCGGCAUCUGCGAUCCGUUCCAUGAAGACAAAUAUCGAGUACAAUGGGCUUGAAAACCGCAUCCAGCCAAAUCUCGGUGAUGCACGCGCCUAUAUGUACAGCCGCAAUAACACGAACAGGUUCGAUGUGAUCGAUCUGGACCCUUAUGGCACCGCCGCCCCAUUCAUGGAUGCCGCAGUGCUGGGAGUCAAGGAUGGCGGCCUGCUUUGUGUCACUUGCACCGACGCAGGUGUCUGGGCUUCCACGGGGUAUUCGGAGAAGGCAUUUUCUCUCUAUGGUGGCAUCCCACUCAAAGGCUCACAGUGUCACGAAGGCGGCCUGCGACUGAUCUUGAAUGGCCUCGCCAUGUCCGCCGCCAAAUACGGACUGGCCAUUGAGCCUUUGCUCUCGCUAUCCAUCGACUUCUACGCUCGGGUCUUUGUGCGCGUUUAUCGAUCUCCUGCGCAGGUCAAGUUCCUGGCCGGAAAUACGAUGGUCGUUUACAACUGUGACGCCGGAUGUGGUGCCUGGUCGACGCAGUCCCUCGGUGCGACUAAGAGCAAGCUCGACCGCAAGGGAAAUCCCGUCUACCACUUUGGGGUGUCCCAAGGGCCAGUGGCCGGCCCCAACUGCGAGCACUGCGGCUUCAAGACGCAUCUGGGUGGCCCCAUGUGGGCAGGUCCGCUGCACAACCCUCACUUCAUCCAGAAGAUGCUGGACAUGCUCCCCAGCGCUGACCGCGACCUCUACCACACCAUUCCUCGGAUUGAGGGUAUGCUGACCACAGCCCUCGAGGAAGAUCUGGACUUGAGUUCCUUCUCUUCUAAGCCUUCUCCAGAGCAGACGCCGGCUCCUAGCGCCACAAAUGCGGAAUACCCAGCGAUUAUUCCCCGUAUGGACCCCGCUGUUUCAGAGCCGUAUCCGUUCUACUUCUCUCUGAGCUUCCUCUCCAAGGUCCUGCACACAUCCACUAUCCCAAUUAAUGAGUUCAAAGGCGCUCUCCGCGGCCUCGGCUACCGCUCCACGCGCAGCCACGCAAAACCAAACUCGAUCCGCACCGAUGCGCCCUGGGACGUGAUUUGGGAGAUCAUGCGUGAGUGGGCUCGCCAACGAUCGCCCAUCAAGGAGACUUCCCUGAAAACCGGAACCCCUGGCGCUGCCAUCAUGGGCAAGAGUCGCGAUAACCUGCGCAAGCUGCAUGACGAAGACCAAUGGCUUUCUCUGCUAAAGAAGGACCUUCUUUCUGCCAUUGAGGCAGGAAAAGAUGUGAAAGAUCUGAUCACUCACGUGGAAGCUACUCUGUAUCGUUCUGGGUCGCGACAAGCUUGGGCGGGCGCUGUCUCGAAGGAGACAGGUCCCGAUCCAAAAGUCCAACCGACUACUGAGGCCGGGGCGCCGGUUGUAACACGGGGAACGAAGCGGCCGCAUCCAAGCGAGCUGGACGUCGUCUUCGAUGAGGCUCUGGGCCGGGAGGCGUCAGAGAGGCAUACCAAGAGACGGCUGGUGCGGUACCAGAUUAAUCCCCGAGAGAACUGGGGACCGUUGAAUCGUGCAGCGGUCACGGCGAAGAAACCUGAGUAA